CCAGGGGGCUAAGCUUCAGAGAAGGCGCGCACUGCUGCCUAUCCCUCUCAUCCAGAGCAAGACGGUGGAGCGCCUGGGCGCCGUCACCAUGCUGGGAGUGAUAGACGAUGAGUUGCUUGUCUCCGAUACCUCGUCUCCUGAAGCGGUCUUUCUUUUGAACUCGAAAAAAACGCAGGAAACGUCCACGUCUACGGUGCUGCAGAUGGUCCGCGAACCACUCCUUGAUCCUCCCCCUGAGAUCCUCCCUGCCACGACCCUGCCUACCGUCAAAUUUGAGGAUCCUGGGUGGACACAGCACUUGGCCUCCUUGAAACCUGUGGGUUUCUGCAGCUUGGCAUUGGUGGAAGCAGAGGCGCGGAGGGGAGUGAGUCUGCGCGAUCACGCGAGGGGCGGGUGCCCGGGACUGGUCGACCCUGGCCAAGCACUUGUCGAUUUCGUCCUUGAAGACGCGCCCUGUCAUCGGAGGGCGUACCUAGCGCAGCUCGCACAUGGUAUCGGCUUUUCUGCAUCAGAUGAUUUGCGGCCGUUUUUCAAAAGACGCGGUCGCCUUCAGGUCGUCGCGUCGCAUCGGGUGGAAGAGCAGACAAGCGAGGAUAAUCGUGCGUCUUCCUUGGAGGAAACGCGCUCCCGGGGAACGCUCCAGCCGUACAUGACGUCGGCUGUGUGGGAAGAUGUACGGCGACGAGGCGGUACGGGUGAUGAGGCUGAUUUUGAUGCGAGCGCGGUUGCAAGCUCGGGCGGUAUGCAGCUUUUUUCGGAGGGGGCGCCCACACCGGCUCUGUCGAGGUGCGUCGACUACUGGAACGGCAAGGUGAUCUCGAAUCUCACCACGGAGGAUCGCCGCCUCAUUAUCUCCACAUGGAAGGCUUGGGCGCUGGACGGCUUUCACGUCGUGUGCCUUUCCUAUACACCACUGCCGCAUCACCAACGGGGGUUGUUUGCGCGAGGACAGGUCGAAGACCCACCCACAUAUCUUGUGGACGACUACCAUCGAUUUGAUGAAAUGGCGCACGUAGAUGCAGUUCAGGAGGAAGCUAUGACUGAGAGCGAGGCAAAAAUGAGCCCGCACGGUCCCACAGGUGUGCAAGAAGACGAUGAAAUCGAAAAAGAUCGGCCCAAUCCUUGGGAGGAUCGAGUCGAUGAUGCAGCGCGAUGGGCAGAAAGGGCUAUUCUUUCAAAAACGAGGCCGCCGCAGUACACUCCUGAGUCGCCUUCUGAAUACAUCGGAGCAUCCCAGAACGUUCAAUCGCCUCUGCCGAGCUCGAAAGACCAGCAUGGUCACAAAAUUGACAGGGACACAGAGACUGGCGCCCUCAGAGACUUUCCACACGUGAGCAUCAGCAUGCCGGACCUUCUUCGGGGAAGUACAGAGCCUACUCCUCUAGCUGGGACGGAAAACUUGUCUUCAGCGAACAUUAAGGUCAGUUACGGUUGUGCAAGUGAGAUAAGAAAUGCGAGCAAGCGUCGUAAGGGAGGCGGAGUAAAGGCUGAAGCUACUUUUGACAGUCAGGCUCGAGAAGAUGGAUUGCUGUGGAUCUUACUCCGGCGACAAGUGUUCCUGGGACUGGUCGCAUCAAGCGUCCUGCCUCGCGAUGAGAUGCCCGGAUUUGUGGAGGAAAUGAUGGCCUCCGGGGUCCGCUUCUUAUUUUUCAGUCCGCGGAACAUGCGACGCUCCAAGAAGCUUGCUGAGCAGAUGGGGAUUACCAUGGACUGGAAUGCUGCAAUUUCCUUGCGCCCGUCCGUUGUGACUGUCCCCAAAAGCCAUCUAAUCGUAGGUCGCGGCGACGUGUAUGGUGACUGGGCAAUUAAAAGUCGUCUCCCUCACGGAUGCGCCGCCAUUCGCGAGCACCUGCACAAGGUUGACAAUGUGCCUCUUCUGGUGAGUGUGUAUACAGACGCGACUCCACCAACCAUCGAUGAGAUGUUCCUCGUUUUUCAAGACCAUCAUGAAUCAGUCCUCUGCGUCGGGUGUGGCUUUCGAAGCACUAACGCGCAACUGUUCCGGAGAGCUGACGUGGCAAUUUCAGUUGGGGGCCUGCCUGGCGGCCUUAAGGGAUCUCCCACGGCUUGCACAUCCCCUACAGAGUCUCCUGUAGACAUGUCACGCAAGCACGUCCCGGCACCAUGUGAUGCUGCUUUUAAUGAGUCGAUGGUAGGCUUAUUCACUGUCCUUCGUUUAGAGGCAACCGAUAACGGUACAACUGUCUCGCUUGCUGUUCUGACGAAUGUUGUGAAGGAAAGUCGCCGCCUUUUGGGGUGUUUCUACCAAUGUAUUUCACUGGGAACAACAAUUUUAUGCACAUCUGCUCUCUUGCUAAUAUUGCCGCAUUUGCUCCCCUUUCCUGUGGGAUCCACUCGCGGUAGAUGGUCCCUCGCUGACACAUUGUGGGUUCUGUGGAUAGUGCUUCCGCUCCUUGUCCUCCCUCUCCUUGUCACGCCCGCAGACGCGGGCCUUCUGGAGCGCUGUCCGCGGAAAAAUGUCAUUAGACCUUUUGAUCAUAGCAUCUUGAGGACCACUAGGGCUCUUCUUGUGCGCUGUCUGCCUACCGUGGCCCUAUGCAUGUACGCACACGCGCGAUGUCUGGUCUCCUUACUUGUUCAAUUCUCCGACGUGGUCAAUGCUUGUCAUGUAAAGGGAGCACCACAAGCCUCUGUGUCGACAGCAUGGGCUCAAUUUGGGGCUCUUUUAGCUUGUCAAGAGCAGAGCGCUCUAUUUCGAGAGGGGCACACGGAGGUGACAGCCAGCUACGUUGUCGCCCACGACUUACUGCUCCUUGCCUUAGCCUGCUCUUUGUUUGCGCAGUCAUCUACUUUUCUUCACGGGACUGCAUCCCUCCGCGAAGAAUCUCCUUUGCGCAAUAUCGCAUGGAUCAUCGGCGGUACAUGUUUGGUGGCUGGUCAGGCGUGCCAUUUCAUUGUGCGUGGCCUUACGCUGGUGAAAGGAAAGGGUCUUUCAGCCAUCGGCUGGGAUGUAUGGGUUGUGGCACUUAUUUUUGCGCCACUGGCAAGUUUGACAUUGUCUGAAAUCAUCAAGAAAGCCGAUGCCAAAAUUCUGAUCAAGCAUGCUCGCUUCCGGCGUUUAGAGUUCGCGACGCGACUAGGGAUGCAUUCUCCAAAGUAACAUGGCUGGGCACAUCGAAAUCUUCACAUACAUGUACUUUUUGUGUAUAACUUGGAGCCUUUGAAACCCUAAAGGUUGCACAGCAUUUGAGUACAUAACUUCAUAAUUUCUGGUAUGCAUGCAUGUAAUUAUAAGAGGCAGGUCACGCGCAAGCAGAAUUGAAAUGCGGUAUUAUGGAAUUUGCAUACAGUCAUUCCCUUGCCUUGUCUCUCGAGAAUUUUGAGACGUAGCAUGACUAAUCAUGAGUAUACUUUUGCAACAAUUAUGUAUCAAUUUUGGCGCGA